AUGGGAGCAAUAACAUCACAAUUCGCGAGAAAGGAUCCACGUAAGCCUGUAAAGGGAUUACGUCCGAGAUUUAAGAAUAUUGCCUUGAUACAUUUUAGAGGAAUUUUUGGUUGUCUCGUACCGAUUAUCCUCUUGGCUUGGCAACCAGAAAAAGGAAAGCAUGAUAUUACGGUUAGAUGUCUCUGGAUUUGGAUGUUUUGGUUUUUCUUGCUACAGCCAGUUAAUAUUCCGGUCACAGGCUUUAUACCGAUGUUUCUGUUACCAAUGGCCGGAGUCAUGUCUACAGUGGAUACUUGCAAAUGUUAUUUUAAUGAUAAUAUAGGUUUACAUAUAUUAGCUGGUAUGCUGCAUUUAUUGGUAAACGGAUGUGGUCUCGAUCGACGUAUUAUUCUAUCGUUACUUUGUUCUGGUGACGCUUGUCAAUUUUCUGGAAAAAGGAUGGUUUUAAAAGCUAGCACAGCUGCCUUUUUUCUCUCAAUAAUAUCGAAUAGAUUAAUAGUGACGUCGACAAUAACACAGUUUUUGACACCGGCGUAUUUAAAUUUACAGAGUGCCACAGCUAGAUAUAGAAAGACAGAACCAGAUUACGAUAAUAUGAGAUAUAUUGUUUUAAAUGCAGUACAAACAGCAUCAGCUAUUGGCAGUACAGCGAUUUUACAUGCGGCCUUAACAACUGUAACAAUGCGAGCCAUUUGGUCCACGAAUCCUGGUAAUAACGCCGAGUAUCCAGAUAUAUUUAAUUAUUUGCAAUACACUUGUUUUGCAUUUCCGAUGGCUUUUACGAUGUUUUUAUUCAACUUUUUAUACCAUAUGUUGCUCAUUAAUAGUGUAAUUGGAAAACCGAUGAGCGGAAACAGUAUGACCGAAAUGAGAAACAUGUUAUUAAAUCACAAAAAUGCUUUGCCCCCAGAGCAGAGUUACGAAAAGGUAUGCUUGUUCUUCUAUAUGGCUUUCUUGGCCGUAUGUUUCUUUCGAUGGAGUGAUUGGUUGGAUAUGGGCUGGUCGUCGUUCAGGACGGUGAUACCAGAAAUACCAUUAAUUAAGGACGCUACUGUCGCUGCAAUGUUUGUAGUAGGUCUACAUGUUCUACCCAGAUCAAUUACGUUUUGGAAAUAUUUGACCGCUAAAAAUAGAACAGAACUUGGCGUUCUCAAGCCGGAGUCUGCAAUAUUGUGGUGGCGUUUUGUGGAUAAGAAUACUAUUUAUGGUUACAUUAUACUGAUUGGUGGUGGUGUAGCGUUGAAUUCUGCAAUUCGUAUCAGUUCUCUGAAUAAUUUGGUAACGUCAGAAUAUGGACAUAGUAUCACGAACCUAUCUUGGAAUACUUCGAUUUUCGUAGUAUGUUUAAUAUCCAUUAUACUUGCGAAUAUAAUGUCUGGAGUGGCUGCUUGUUGUAUCUUUUUGCCGUUUGUGCUGAACAUGGCUCUAGAAACCGCAGGUGGGAAUUGGCCUAAGAAUGUAUAUUUGGGUGCAGUGGCUGUAGGUAUCGGUACUUCGAUGGGCUUCAUGUCUCCGUUUCUUUAUACUCCUGCGUAUUUCUGCCAUUACACAGGAAAAGUUCCAAUUAAACGAAUGAUAAAAUAUUCAAUUGGCAGCGCAAUAAUAUGCUGCGUUACACUAUGGCUGGCAUUGUGCUUUUGGGGUCCAUUCAUAUGGGACUCUGAGAAGGGGAUAACAAUUUAUACUUUUGGCCAAGAAGCAGAAACAACAACAGCAGCAGCUGAACCGCCCGAGGGUUAA